UCCCCCACCACGAAUUGGCGCAUUGCCAUCACGUCACCGCCCUGAGCCGCAAACCUAAACUAGAUGCCGCUGCGACCCAGGCCUAAUCUCCGAUCGCCUUGCCGACCUGGGAGCAUCGGGCGAGCUGCGAGUCGCUGCACCCACGGCUAAGAUGGAGUCCAUCUCGCGAAUAUCUUCUCUUCUAGAGAGUGCCCGCGAGCUCACCCUCGAUGCGGCAGCCUCGGCGGCCCGGAGCACGCGGGGCUCCGGCCGGCCGCUGGACAGGGCUCAGACCAAGAAGCUCUUGGACAGCCGCAAUGAAAGGGAGGCGCUAGACGGCCUGCGGAGGGUCAUCGCUAUGAUGUACCGUACGCCCAGCAAGACGCUGCCCUUCUUCUCGUCGGUCGUCAAGAACGUGGCGUCGCCCAACCUCGAGAUCAAGAAGCUGGUCUACAUCUACCUGCUGCACCACGCCGAGCAGGAGCCCGACCUGGCGCUGCUGUCCAUCAACACGAUCCAGAAGUCGCUCUCGGACAGCAGCCCGCAGGUGCGCGCCCUGGCCCUGCGCACAAUGUCGGGCAUCCGCGUGCCCGUCAUCAGCCAGAUCGUGUCGCUCGCCAUCAAGAAGGGCACUGGCGACAUGAGCCCCUUCGUCCGCCGCGCCGCCGCCCUCGCCAUCCCCAAGUGCCACCGCCUCGACCCGUCCCAGCUGCCCCAGUUGCUCGACUACCUGUCCACCCUGCUGGGCGACAAGCAGUACUACGUCGCCGGCGCCGCCGUCACGGCCUUUCUCGAAAUCUGCCCGGACCGUUUGGAUUUGAUACACAAACACUACAGGGGCCUCAUCAAGAAGAUUGUCGACAUGGACGAGUGGUCCCAGCUCGCCACACUGCGAAUGAUGACCGUCUACGCGAGAAAGUGCUUCCCCCGCCGGACGCGGGUGGUGCCCAAGACGGCAAGGGCAGGCAAGGGAACCACGGCAGAUCUACAGGAUUUCUACGGCGAGAGCGGAAGCGGAAGCGGCGGCAGCGGUGGCGUCUCUCCAGCCGCCGUUCAGGAAGCAGGAGAGAGGAUGGUGGUACUGGACCCCGACCUCGAGCUCCUCCUCACGAGCAUCAAGCCGCUGCUGCAGAGCCGCAACUCGGCCGUGGUCAUGGCCGUGGCGCGCUGCUACGUGGCGCUGGGCACCGACGCGCACAUCUCGGCGACCAUCGGGCCCCUGAUAGCUCUGCUCCGGGGCCCGCAGGACACGCAGCAGGCGGCACUACACAGCAUCGCAUCCGUGUGCCUGGAGCGGCCGGCCGAAUUCGCCCGCUACGCGGCACACUUCCUGGUGCGCGCGUCGGACGACUGCGCCGUCUGGGAGCUCAAGCUCGAGGUGCUCACGCUCGUCUUCCCGCACGCGGUGCCGCACGUGCGGUCCCUGGUGCUCUCGGAGCUCGAGCACUUCUCGCGGGGCGCGCACGACCCGGCCCUGGUGCGCGCCGCCGUCCGCGCCAUCGGCCGCUGCGCCCAGGCCGACCCCUCGGCGGCGCCCCGCUGCCUGCGCCUGCUUCUGGGCCAGGUCUCGGGCCCGGACGGCGCGCUGGCGGCCGAGAGCCUAACGGUGAUCCGCCACCUCAUCCAGCGCGACCCGGCCGGCCACUCGGCCACCGUCGUGCGCCUGGCUCGGAACCUGGACUCGGCCACCGACCCGGCCGCGCGCGCGGCCAUCAUCUGGCUCGUGGGCGAGUUCUCGAGCGGCAACGGGCGCGGCAGCAUCGCCGCUGAUGUGCUGAGGAUCCUACUCAAAGAUUUUGCCUCCGAGGCCGAGGUGGCCAAGCGGCAGAUCCUGCUGCUGGCGGCAAAGGUGCACCUGCACUACCUGAACAGCAUCGCUGGCGACGACAAGGACAGCAGUAGCAAGAAGAAGGUGCCAGUCGCUAAAACUGGAUCGGAUGAGGCCGAAGGCAUGAUCAACGAAGGAUGGGGCUCCGAAGCGGUCGCGGCGGCGGCCGAGCCGGAAGCGGACGAGGAAGAGGAGCAUCCAACAGCAAAGCUGUGGAACUACGUCCUACUUCUGGUCCGCUACGACACGUCGUACGAUCUGCGCGACCGAGCGCGCACCUACCGGGCGCUGCUAGGUGUCCCACAGCUGGCGACGCUGAUGCUCCUGGCGCCCAAGCCUGCGCCGCAGGCCCCCAGCCCGUCCGAGACGCGCCGCGGCUACACGCUGGGGUCUGCGGCGCUGGCGCUCGCGGGCGGCGGCGGCGUGCAUGGCCUCAGGGACUACGAGCCGCUGCCCGACUGGGUCGAGGAGGGCCGGCAGCCGGACCCGCGGCUGCGCGGAGAGGCCGACGCCGGAGCCGGGGUCUCGCCCGGCGGCGCCGGGUCCUCGUACGGCGGUGGACGGGGUGCCGCCCCCGCGGCUGAGAGCCUCGACAGCGCCGCCGGCCAGAGGGGCCUGUCACCCGCGGCGGGAGCGGCCAAUGCGCAGAACGGGCUUGGGGAGAAGAGUCUGGACGACUGGCUCGCCGAGAGCGACGGUGGCGAGGAGGAGAGCGAAGAAUCUGAGGAAGGGGAGGAGGAGGAAGACGAGGAGGAGGAAGAAGAGUCUGGAGAUGAGGACGGGGAAGAAGAGUCAGAGGAGGAAGAGAGCGACGAUGACCAAGGUGAAGGCGACAGGUUAGUCGCUUCAUGACAUGGCCACAGGCCAAGAUGACGAUUUGGCUGCUGUGUGGAAGGAGGGUGAAUGCAACUACAAACAUGAAGCAUCACGAAUCAAAGUCACAUGAAAGUCACAUAAAAGACCAGGACACGAGCCUUUCUCCUAUUCGCUGUGUCCAAUAUCACAGGCGCUACCUAGGCG